AUGUACAAAUAUCGCGCUCUUAAUGGUAUUGAAGAAUACGACGAAAAUGAGGGCGAGGAUUAUGAGGAAAUCAUUAAUCCCAAGGAUUUUCCAGAAUUAUAUCCAAACAGGGACGUAGAAAAGAAAAAUAAAAGAGAUCAAAUUGUGCUCAGAAAAGCGGACGAAAAUAAGUACGAAAAACAGACAAACCCAAAGUACGAGAAUCUUGGUAAUUAUGCUGAUCAGGGAGAUGGCAAGUAUAUUCCUUUGUGGCAAAGAAGAGCUGCAACACCAGGGAUUAUGGAUCAUCCUUCAAAAAAGAGUAUAUUAGCUGAUCUAAAAAAGGAUAACGCACUUGAAAAGUAUGGCUCUAAAGUAAUUGAUAUCGUUCGUGUAUUGGAGGACGAAGGUGUGUCGAAUUUGUCAAUCAUAGACGUAAGAAAUAAAUGUGAUUGGACAGAUUGGAUGAUUGUUGGAGAAGGAAAAGGAUCAAGACAUCUAGGCGGUCUAGUGGACGGUGUAUAUAAAAUGUUAAAAAAUAAACUGCAACAACACACUGAGAAAACAGAUCCAACUGGUUCAUUAAUCGAUAAUUAUCCCAUUAUAGAAGGACGAGAUUCCGAAGAUUGGAUGUUGAUUGAUGCUGGUUCAAUAAUGGUACAUUUAUUCACUGAGGAAGCACGCGAUCUUUAUGAUUUAGAGGGGCUUUGGGCAAAUAUUCCCGAGAUAGGAAAACAAUCAACCGUUGAAGGAAUUUUGAGUAUGAAAAAAGAAUUUGAUGAUUCGCAAAUGAAACCAAAGAAAUUACAUCUCCACAAAUAA